AUGUCUACAGAGUUGGAGCUGCCCUUCCGGCUGGACACGCAACUAACAGAGGUGAUGCGCCUGCGGGUUCAGUCUCUGCAGCAGCGAGGCCAGAAGAGGCAGGACGGUGAACGCCUGCUGCUGCCCAACGAGGCCGUGUACCGACUGGACUUCUCCAAACAGUCCCUCCGAUUCUCGCGGUGGAUGGUGCAGCUGGCCCAGACGGGACGCCUCGCCGUCACGGCCACCUCACAGCUCUGGACGCCCGACCUCACCAACCUGAUGACACGCCAGCUGCUGGAGCCCGUCGGGGUUUUCUGGAGGGCGGCAGGCGACGCCAGUGACGCGCCCAUCCAGUGCUACGAGGCUGACGCACACGAGUUUGGUGAGAGGAUCGCAGAGUUGGCCAAGGUAAGGAAGGUGAUGUACUUCCUAUUCGCAUUUGCAGACGGCUGCAGCCCUGAGACUGUCGACUGCUCCAUCGCCUUCACAGUGGACAGCUGA